CAGACCUUCUCUCUUUAUCCACUUGUUCCAAACACAAACAGCCCUUAAAUUUUUCGCCUCUUCUCUCCAUCCACACACACACAGAUUUUCCCAAACUCAGCAGAAACUCUCCACAUACCACUAAUAAUAAUUUUCUCCUUGUAAUUAUGUAACAUACACUCAACAGCCCUUUUGUCAGCAGCAGCAAUGGCUGAUCUUUUCUGCAGUUUCUUGGAUUUUCAAUCUCUUAACACCAACUUUAAAUUUCAUUUGUUUUUGGCUCCAAAGCAUUACUGUUCUUCUGCACUUGUUCCCUCCCACAGUUUAAGAAUUAAUGGAAUAAAAAGAAGACCACUUCAUCUCACUCUGUUCUCCAGACCCUCUUCUCCAAACUUUGAUGUCAUUUCAACUCACGAGCAUGCGGAUGGUAGUCUUUUGUUUCGGUUUGGGGAUCCAAGUGAAGCUGCAAAAAAUGUGAAAAUGGAAGAGUCCAAGACUGUGAAGGAGGAGAUAGAAAGGGAAGGGGAAGACGGAUAUACUGUGGUGAAGGUUUUGGACGGUGAUCAUGAAGCAGAGGUAAUUGUGAAGAAAGCAGAUAGAGAGGUAACCAGCUCUGGCUUGACUGAGGUGGCUGAUCGGACUGAUUCAAUAGUUAUUAGCAGUGGAAGCAUUAGUGUCAUUCAAGUAGACAAUGACUCGCGUGAGAAAUUAUUGGAAGGUUCAAAUGACAGUGAAUUGCCCGUUUUGAAUUCAAGUAAAGAUAUAGAAGUUAUUUCUCCGCCUGAUAUUGACAUAGAGCAUGUCGGGAAUGUGGAGGAAGAUCUGAAUGGGGAGCAUGAGGAUUCAAGUCUGGUGGCCAAGGCUUCUAUACUUGAUGAGAAUUCUGAAAAUGGGAAUAGUGUUGCUACGGUGGAAGUAUUGGAAGAGGAGACUGUUGGCGUUACUUCUACUCCUGGUUUUGUCAUGGAGCACACUGGAAACGUGGAGGAAGUUCUGAAUGAGGAAUGUGGGGAUUCAAGUCCAACGGAUGCCUCCAUACUUGGCAAGAGUUCUGAAAUGGAGAAUAUUAGUACUGAGGUGGAAUUGUUGGAAAGGGAUACUGCUGAGUCAACCACAUUGAUUUCCUUAAUGCCCAAGCCAAUUACUGCUGUACCUGACAAUGAUGUUUUUCAGGCUAGUAUAGAGAGUGUUCUUACUACGGAUGCAUCUGCAGAUUCUGAACAUCAGAAUUUGGAAAGCGAGAUGCAAAACGAAAGCGUUGAAGGUGGUAGAGAAAGUAUAGAAAAUGACUUGGAGUCUCCGCCCCCUCAGUCACAAACAGCUAUAAGUUUGUCUCAAGAGAUUGAGGAUCAGAAUUUGCAAGCUCGGGUGCAAGAUUUGACAAAGGGAAAGGGAGGUGACAGUGAAAUGAAUCAAACUGGGGCCCUUGGGAUGACAACUGUGGUAGAUAGUGAUAGCAAUGAAAAUGACAUGAAUGACACUGAGGCCAAAUACCCUCCUAUUCCCAAUGAGGCUGAGGAGUCCGGAACUGAGAGUGGGGUGCUGAACGAGAUUGUUGAAGAUGGAAGCGAAAGUGCUGUGAUCCCCUUAAAUACUGUGUCUCCUCAGUUGAAAGCUGAACCGAUGCUUGAUGAGGAAACUGGUACUGACAUUUCGGAAGAAUCUGCGGAAGAUGAUGGAGCUGAGAGCCUAACAGUGCUUAAUGACGUACCUCAGAACUUAAUUCUCGAAUCAGAAGGGACAGAAGUCAAUGACAAUCUGCAGAGUCGUAAACUUGUAGAAGCAUCAGGACAUGAACUGACAGAGCUGAAAUCUACUGAAUCUGCUACAGAGAGCCAGGAAAUCUUGCAAACGAACUUUGUUUUAUCUUCCGGUGCUGCUUUGUUGCCGCAUCCUUCUAAGGUGUUGACAGGUGGAGAGGAUGCGUAUUUCAUUGCUGGUCAAACAUGGCUAGGUGUAGCUGAUGGAGUUGGUCAGUGGUCACUGGAAGGGACCAAACAAGGAGUUUAUGCUCGAGAGCUCAUGAAAAACUGUGAAAAGUUCAUCGCUGAUCACAAUGGAGAUUCAUUAAACAAUCCCAUGGAAUUGCUUAAUCUCAGUGUUGCUGAAACACACUAUCCUGGGCCCUCAACAGUUUUGAUUGCUCAACUUGUUGGUCAGGAUCUUCAUGUGGCCAAUGUUGGAGACUCAGGAUUUAUUGUUCUGCGGCAUGGUGCUGUUUACAAGAGAUCUUCACCUAUGGUCCAUGCAUUUCAUUUCACGAAGCGAAUUGAAACAGGCGACGACCCCUCUCAUCUUGCUGAGUUGUACAGAGUUGAUUUAGAGGAAGAUGAUAUGAUCAUCACUGCAACCGAUGGACUUCUCGACAAUUUAUAUGACCAAGAAAUUUCGUCAAUAGUCGUGAAUUCACUUGCAGCUGAUAAAAAGCUGGAGGAAAUUGCAGAGUUGUUGGCAACAAAAGCACAAGAUGUUGGUAGUUCUAUGUCUGGGAGAAGUCCAUUCGCUGAUGAAGCUCAAGCAGCCGGUUUUGCUGGAUACACUGGUGGGAAGCUUGACGAUGUGGCUGUUAUUGUAUCUAUUGUCCAAAGACAGUCCACUCCUCAAACGAUGUGACUCAGUUCUCCAUCUGCAUCUUCUCUUGCUCCAUCUUUGUGAAUACAGUUAGUGUUUCAAACUUUUGAAUCUUCAAUUUUCUAAACUACUUGGUGCUCAUUGGCAACAUGUCCUUUGUUACGUUCAUCACAUCGAUCAGUUGGAAAUCCGCUAUGUCAUAACUUAAGUUGUUUGGUUUGGAUGAUAUUCUUUGUAAUGAAGUCGUUCAGAAUCCUUGUCGCUGACGGUCAUUGUUAGUACAGCCCCUUGGGGUUAGAAUCUCUGUUAGCUAGAGCAGUAGAGAUUUGCUCUUUUCCACAUUUACUGUAUGAUGUUUGUGUUCUUAGUGACAUGCUGACAGACAAUACUAGCCAUCUUUGGACUCUUGUUCUA